AUGGAAUAUCCACCCGCUUGCAGAUUGGCAUUUCCCACCUUCAAAAACUCGGAGGUCUCUGGCUGGGACACGGCGCACAAUCGCGGAGUGGACGGGGAGGUUGCCUUCAGUACUGCCCACUACAAAGCUGUCCUGAGUCGCCUGCAGGCACUGAACUCUGAUGGCUUGGAGAUCUCCGCACUGCCGGACUGGGUGUGCCAGGUCGCGGGCUUUGAGAGGUGUGGUGGAGCACCGGUGGGCGGCUGCCCAAUGCCUGAAGCGCAAGAGAAGGUGGACCGAUUCCUACAAACCUUGCCUGAGGCGGCGGCCGUGCUGCCCUACCAGAAGGAGAGCUUGGUCUUCGGCCUGCAUCGAGCUGGUCGCGUCUUGCUUGGAGAUGAGAUGGGCUUGGGGAAGACGCUACAGGCACUGCUGUUGGCCGCUCAGUUUAAGGCGCCGAUGGGACGCCUUGGGGACGAAUGGCCCCUAUUGGUGGUGGCGCCCUCAUCCUUGCGCUUCGUGUGGCGGGACCAGGACGUUCCGGAAGCAGUUUGGGCUGGUUGGGCUGGUCGGGAAAGGGGUAAGAAUAGCAAGGACAAGGUGCAGAAGUCGGCGAAGAUCGUAGUGGUCACCUAUGAUCUGCUGCGACGCUCUGAGAGCUUGCGACGCCGACCUUCGGAUGGACGUGGCUACCUGGUGGUGAUCGUGGAUGAGUCCCAGAGCAUCAAGGAAUCGUCCUCCCAAAGGACCAAGGUCGUGGUGGGCGUCUGCAAGGCUGCGCGACGGGUGCUGCUACUCAGUGGUACACCUGCAGUGAACCGUGCCUGCGAGUUGUACACACAGUUGGAGGCGCUGCUUCCCUCUGAAAUGCCCAGCUUCGUGAAGUUUGCCGAGAGAUAUAGCUACAAGCAGACGGUGUAUUUCACGGGCCAUCCCACGGUGAAGUGGAACGGGCUGCAGCGGAGUGGCGAAUUGAACUGUCUCCUUGGAUCUGUCAUGAUCCGGCGCCUCAAGAAGGAUGUGCUCCAGCAGCUCCCUCCCAAGCGCCGCAUGAAAGUGCCUCUGGAUCCCGAGAAGAUGAAUCAGGAAAUCUUGCGAGAAGUUGAGAGGCAGACCAAAGAAAUGGGCUCCGUGGACUUCAGUAAGGGCUUCCCGCUGGGAGAGAUGCCGCAGCUCUUCCGGAUGACCGCGGAGGCAAAACUGGAAGCGGUGCUGGAAUACGUGGCACAUUUGCUGAACAACGGAGUGAAAUUCCUGGUCUUCGGUCAUCACCACCUGGUGUUAGAUGCGCUGCAAGAUAAGUUGCAGAAGCUGAAGACCGGCUUCAUUCGUAUCGAUGGGCACACGACACCUGCGGCGAGACCAGCUUUGGUGUCCAAAUUUCAAGAGGACGAGACUAUCCGUGUGGCCGUGUUGAGCAUCACAGCUGCUGGAACGGGCUUGACCCUGACGGCGGCACAGACCAUUGUCUUCGCGGAAUUGUAUUGGGUUCCGGGACAGAUCCAGCAAGCAGAGGAUCGCGCGCAUCGCAUUGGACAGCGCGACAGCGUCACGGUGCACUAUUUGAUUGCCAAGAAAACCUUGGAUGAAGUGCUAUUCCAGACUCUGGAAAAGAAGACCGUGAGCACCACCAGCAUUCUGAAUGGCCAGAGUUGUGGUCUCGAUGCCUCGUACAAGGAGGAAAGCUUUGGGUCACUGCCUUGUGGAGGUGUCAGAGAUACGGAGGACGGCAGUGCAGCAGCUGGUGAUUCUUAUGGCUUGCUUCGCCCUCUAAGAGCCAUCCUCGAAACGCCUUCGAAGCGAGUGAGCCGCCGCCCCCUGGGCCAGUGGCUAGUCGAUUUGGCGGAUGAUUUUUUGGCGCGGUGUGGCCGCGGAGGGACAGUGGUCACGAUCGCCGGUGUGGGCUCGCUGUUGUCGGAGGCAUCGGCCCGGGAGUCCUUUGAGUUUACCAACUUCCGUGUGGGUCAAGUGACGGGCUGGCGUCGAUGCUUCUGCCAAGCGAAUUGGAUCAACGCUGUGUGCGGUGCUAGCUCUGUGGCCACCAACGAGGUCGCAGCGGUGGCGAUGGUACCUGCAGAGGAAGAUUUUGUGAGCCAUGUGGCGCUGCUGGAUGUGGAGCUGGAUGAACUGCCAGGCUUUUACGAGCGAGAAACAGGUUAUCGCAUUGUGAGCGUACCUUUCACGGUGCAAGGUUCAGCGAAAAUCCCACAGAACAUCCUUUUCAGCGUAGGUCUGACUCCGGACACCUUGGAGAAGGGUUCAGCCUUGAUGUGUGGGGAGGUUGUGGUCUUGGGAUGGUCCUAUGAUGAAGCAUUGUGUGGACACAGGACAAUGACUAACAAUGACUAUGCAUUCAAAAGUCCCAGUGUGAAAUCUCCACAUCAAAAGUAUCCAACAAAAAUCUGCCCUGCGGCUCCCAUGAGCCAUGGAAGUGAAGGAGGAGGUGAAGGAGGAAGGAAAGCCGGUGGUACGAAGGACAACAAGGUGAUUCCACAGCCCCACUUCGAUUUCCGGCCUGGUGCCGGCGAGUCCUCGAAUUCCUGGCGGCGACGGAAGUCGCCAAACUCCUACGGAUGGAAGUCGCAGGGACCAUGGAAUCAAGGAAAAAAAGAAACUAAGAAGGACAAGAAGAAGAAGGGCAAGAAGGAGGCAAAGAAACUCCCGAAGCAACAACCGAAAAAGAACGAGAAGGCGAAGAAUCAGCCACCCCAGAUGCUACGUGCAGCACACGCAGAAUACCUCCGGCGGCAGAUGGCGAUGAAUCGGCGGGAGGAAGAGAUGGAUGAGCAGUUGGAGGUGUUCAACAAGCGGGUGAAUCAGCAGCAAGAACUCCUCCAUAGCUUGGAAAAAGCGGAUUUCUCUCCAGAAGAUGUGCCUCGGAUGCUGCAUCAAGCGGUGGCCUUGCAUAGCGGACGCCACGAGGAGGUGGUCGUCGAGGAAGAGGGGGCAGAGAUGGUCGGGAGGAUUCCGGGCUUAGGGAUUCGAGUCAGCAGCCCACUUCCUCAGGUUGGAGAUCUACCAAGCGACACUGAUGACAUGACGCUGGAACAACUCGCCAAGCUCAAGCGCACGGACGAAGAUGCGGCGCUUCUAAAGCAGAAGGACACCGUUCGCGCGAUGGCGAAGCACACAGUGCACGCCCUGCUUCUUCUUCACCUGGCGCUGCGAAUUGCCUGCGGCCGCUGCGAGAAGAAGGUGGCGGUGGUGCCGGGCCCUGUGGGGCGCGGGCCUGCAGGGCAGCUGGCGCUCCCGGCGGCAGCGCCGGUGCUGCUCAACAGGCCUUUAAGUGUGGCUGUGGCGGCCGUCAAGGCUGAAGCCAAGAAGGCCAAGCAGGAGGCGAAGGAGGCUGAGCGGGCCGAAAAGAGAGAAAGUGAAAAGUUUGGGAAAGAGGAGCAACAGCUCAUUGAAGUGAUCUAUAGAGCCCUGCAGUAUGGGCCCAAGGACUUCAGGAGUCUGGCUGAGACGCAGGAAGGCUCCAAGAAAUGUUACAAUGUCUCCACGGUCUGGAGUGACCUGAAUAAAGCAGGCAAGGUGCGUGGAAAAGGAGGCUCCUUCAGCAAGUGGCUGAGGAACCUUCCGAUGAUUGAGAUGGGGGAGAUGUCCCAAACUCCUUGCGGCGCCCUGGUGGAGUACCGUGGCCCCAAGAUCCCCAAGAGGGCGAAGCUGACGGCAGCGCCUGCGCUGAUGGCGCUGCCCGCGCCGGAACCGCCGGUGCCGCAUGGCUUGCGAUGUGUGCCUAGAAAGCAGGCUGAAGUGAACCAGGAGGCUGAAGUGAAGGCGCCUUUGUCACUUCUCCCUGUGGAGCCACCUUGGGUCUCCGCGGAGGCGGUUCAGAAGAGUUUGGUGACUUUGGACGAGAUGGACCUGCCAAGAGGACUAGUUCCCGAUCACGGCCUCUACCCGGCACCAGGCUAUCUUCGGGAUUGCGCGGUGGCGCAUGCUGCCGUGGGGCUACUAGACCACUUCUUGGACACAACUCUCUUGGCAGAUCGAAGGACGACUUUACGCAGCUACCUGUCUGCGAACCUUGGGCUCUCGGCCUAUGUGGGAGUAGGGGAAGCCACCGAUGCCAGGUCCAGCGAAGCAGCCUUUCAGAUGGCUCGCAGGCCCUAG